GCUUUAUUCUUUAAUUAUUAAUUUAUUAUUACCUUUUUAAUGCCCGACUGCGCAGGCUAGGGUUUAAGAACGUUGAUAUAAAUUCGGCACUCCUUCCUCUUCCUGCAGUCGCCGUCGCCAACUCAUCUCUCGAACCCUCUCUCUCUAUCCGUUCCCUUCGUUUGUGUAAAAAGAAAUGGCGGCGGUUCCUGGACAAUUGAUUUGGGAGAUCGUCAAGAAGAACAACUCUUUCUUGGUGAAAGAGUUUGGGAGGGGAAACGCUAAAGUCCAAUUCAGCAAGGAGAGCAACAAUCUCUACAACCUUAACUCCUACAAGCACUCUGGUUUAGCUAACCGGAAGACGGUGAGUAUUCUAUCAGCCGGAGAUAAGGAACCGUCGGUGGUAUUGGCUACCACGAAAACAAAGAAGCAGAACAAGCCCAAGAGCUUGCUCCACAAGUCCGUCAUGAGGAAGGAGUUCUCUCGCAUGGCUAAAGCUGUUACCAAUCAGGUUGCAGAUAACUACUACAGGCCAGACUUGAAGAAGGCAGCUCUUGCAAGACUUAGUGUUGUCCAGAGGAGCCUCAAAGUUGCCAAGUCUGGUGCCAAGAAGAAGAACAGGCAAGCUGUUAGGGUCCCUGGUAGAAAGUGAGAGAUCUUGGAGAGUUGUAAUCCCUUUUUUCGUUUGGGUGCUUCGCUAUUAGUUGCUGUUAAAUUCCAGAGAGGCUAGAAGUUAUACACUUAUAUUCGGUUCUUUGGAAUUUUUACCUUGCUGGAUUUGGUGAAUCCUAGAUCUUGACAUGAUUUUGUGUGUUGUCUAAAAUCAAUAUGAUUUUUGAGAUCUUAUUUUAAGUCAUUAGACUAUAUUGUUUGCUAAA